AUGACGAUGUGGGUUUGUGUCUCUGAUAACUUUGAUGUCAAAACAGUUGUUACGAAAAUUUCGGAGUCAUUGACCAAUAUCAAAAUUGAUGAUAAGUUAUCAUUGGAAAACUUGCAAAAUAUGCUUCACAACCAUUUAAGUGGUAAAAAAUACUUAUUAGUCCUAGAUGACAUUUGGAACGAGAGUUACGUAAAAUGGACUCAAUUGAGGACUCAUUUGAUGUGUGGUGCUCAAGACAGUAAGGUUAUAGUGACAACUCGUAAUAAAAUUGUAGCACAAACAAUGGGUGUAAGUGUCCCUUAUACUUUGAAUGGUUUGAAUCCAGAGAGUUCUUGGAGUUUGUUGAAGAACAUCAUUUCAUAUGGGGAUGAAACCAGAAGUGUGAACCAAACUCUGGAAUCAAUUGGUAAAAAGAUAGAAGAGAAGUGCAUUGGUGUUCCACUAGCAAUCAGAACACUAGGAGGCCUAUUACAGGGUAAAACUGAAGCAAAGGAAUGGACUGAUGUCUUACAAUGUGGCCUGUGGAAAUUAUGUGAAGACGAAGAAAGCAUCAUGCCAGUGUUGAAACUGAGUUACCUAAACUUGUCACCUCAACUAAGACAAUGUUUUGCUUACUGCUCUUUAUAUCCCAAGGAUUGGAGAAUAGAGAAGCAUGAGUUGAUUCAACUGUGGGUGGCACAAGGUUACUUUGAAUUUUCAGGUGGAAAGUUUAUGGAAGAUAUUGGUAACAAUUUGUAA